CUUGAAUUGAGAUGCAUCUGAGCUCUGUGUUUCUAUGGGUCAGGGGCGAUGCCUCCCGCUAGGACGACCACAGGUUCUGUGGGCCAUGUAGUUUAUACUGCUGCAGGGUGUGUGUGGAUGGGUGUGUGUGUGUACGUGUAGAUUGACUGGAGUGGACCUCUGUGCUCCAGUGGACGUCUGGAGUGGACCUCUGUGUUCCAGUCCCUUGGUGGACUGGACCUCUGUGUUCCAGUCCCUCCUUCUCUCCAGCAUCACGCCGCCAUGUCCUUCCCCUUCAUCCUGAUCUGGGCCACCCAAAUGUUGUUCUCCAAAACACAAGGUGAGGUCACGACCAUGGCCAAUGUCAACGCCAUCCCCGGACUUCCCUUCACGCUGAGCUGCAACGUUUCCACGGCGACGGGAGAGCGUGUGCGUCAGGUGCGCUGGCUGGACCCGGGCGGCCAGGUGCUGACGGCCUACGAGCCCGGGGACCCGCCCACCGUCUCGCUCGGCCGGCCAGGCGUCCGGCUCUCCCCCCGCCUCCCGCACGCCGCCUCAGCCAUCACCGUGGCGACCGCUGGCCCCGCCCACCAGGGAUGCUACGUCUGCGAGUUCCACGUCUACCCCAGCGGCCGCCAGCAGGGGCGCACCUGCCUCACUCUCACCGCAACGGUGCUCCUGGAGGGAGGGGGCGUGGCUCUGAGCGGGGGCGUGGCCAGGCUGCGGUGCCUCUACAGCGGGGACCCGGCGGGCGUCAGGCAGGUGCUGUGGAGCCGGAGGGGGCGGGGCGGGGGAGACCCCACCCCCCUGGGGUCGUACUCCGGGGGGGGCGGGGCCCUGGUGGGGGCGGCCCUGGGGGGGCGGGGCCAGCUCAGUGCCUCCCUGGGGGAGAGCCGGCUCACCCUGCAGCCUCUGGAGCCGCAGGACGAGGCCUGCUACACCUGCCAGCUCCACACCUUCCCCGAGGGCAGGCUGCAAGGCUCCACCUGCCUGGUGGUGUACGUCCUCCCCGACCCGGAGCUCACCUCCGUCAGCCGGUCUUCGGGAUUGGUCGAGGCUAACUGCACGACGCUCUCUCGCCCCGCCUCCAACAUCACCUGGAGCGUUGCCAGGGACAACCACACUCUGGGCCCGCCCACUGUGUCGUACGAGCAGCAGGGGGGCGGUAUAACGCGGGUGACCAGCACCCUGCUCGUCCAAUCAGAGCUCCUCCAGCAGCUGUCUGUCAAGUGUCUCAUCCACCACCCUGGGCUGGACCAACCCCUCUCUCUGACCCUCAGCGGUGAGGUCAGAGCGGGUCAGGGCGUGGUCGUGGCCGUGGCCGUGGCCUCCGUCUCUCUGGUGCUGCUGCUCCUGCUCUGUGUUUGUCUCUGCAGAGUGUUCUUCUGCAAAGGAGAUUGAGUGGGACCAUCGGACUCAGCAGCAGUGCUUGUGUAGUUUCCUCCUGUGAGUGGUGGAGAUGGACCACUGAGGAGAGCGCUGCUGGGAGGACUGGGAUGAGGAGAACUGGGAGGACUGGGAUGAGGAGGACUGGGAGGACUGGGAUGAGGAGGACUG